AAGUAACACAUGUCCAUCUGCUGUGUAUACAUUUGAACACACGAUUUACGAGCUAUGCGACUGCUGUAGUAUGAAGGGUUUUGGUUGAAUAAUCAACAUAUACUCACCAUAUCACGAUAACAUCAUAUUGAACAAUGGAUUUUACGAAGAAUUGCAGAUUGAUGGGGAAUCAGUACAUGUAUAAGCAUGCCACCAACUUAACCAAGACAUUAAACAAGCAAAGAGAGGAGCAACCUGAUCUCUGUGAUGUUACUAUCAUAAUUGAAGGAAAGGAACUGAAAGCCCACUGGUGUGUGUUAAUGACCUGUCCUUAUUUUGAGUCAAUGUACAACAGUGGUUUAGCAGAGAAAACAUCAGGAAAAGUCACCAUCCAUAUAGGAAAGACAUAUGCAGUAGAAAAUGUUUUGCAAUAUUUAUACCUUGGAAAUAUAGAGAUGUCAAUGUCUAAUUUGGAAGAUAUUCUGGAAGUUGCUGAUUAUUUGCAGUGUUUUGACCUUAAAAAUUUAUGCAAUGAAUUCCUUAACUCUCAACCAUUGGACACAAAAUCUUGUGUCAAGAUCUGUCUAAUUUCAUCUCUGUAUGAUUUAGCUAUUCAUGAUGAAGCAUUGAGAUAUAUGAAAGGUCAUUUGAAACAAGUUUUUCAAGGUGAAGACAUUCUAACCUUAACACAUGAAUCUGUUUUAUCAUUGGUGAGUGAUGAAACAUUGAGCUACGUUUCACAAGAUUCCUUUCUCCAGUUUUUACUACGUUGGCUGAAGUUUGAUAUAAAUAACAGACGAAAAGAUGCAGCUCAGUUGUUCUUAGCUUUAAAAUUUGAAAAUGUAUCAAAUGAAAGUUUAAAUGAUGUUUUGACAGACAAUGAAUUAGAUGGACUUCUUCCAACUAAUGAUAUCAAUGCUAUACUAGAGCAUAGGAAAAAUGGAGUCAAUCCUCAAAUACAAACCAGUGACAUAGUUAUAUUGGGAGGUGGGGUUUUCAUUGAUAAAAUCAAUUUUGGCCAGCCUAGAGAAACUCUCAUUAGAUCUAAUAGUAAAAAGAUGUAUGCUUUUAAUCUUGAUGAGCAGAAGUGGACAAAUCUUUGGAAUAUGCCAUUACCUUUAGAACGUCCAGCUAUAAGAGUCAGUGAUGACAGAAAAAUACACGUAAUAAACCUAGGUCCAGUUAGAUCAGAAUUUAGUUGCUUUAACCGUUAUGAUAUGCAUGUCUUUGAAAUAGCAAGUAAAAUAUGGAAAACAAUUAAAAUAGAGAAAGACCGACAUUUAAUAGGAUUUUAUCUUCAUGAUUUUAUUCUUUGUGGUAAAAGAAUAUUUCUGUUAGGAAGAGGAUUUAAACAGUUUAGCACUACAGAAGAAAGCUGUAAACUGCUGGAAAUCAAGGAUGAGGGUUCUAUAGAAACAAAGGUUUUGUUUGAUUGUAAUGAAAAAGAUAAUUUCUAUUGUAGCAACUUAGAUUCUGAAAGGAUUGGAAUAGUAUGUGAAUGGUUUCACAAAAAGACUUUCUCCAUCAAAUAUUACAACUUAGAUACACAUGCCUUGACUGAACCUACCCGUGCAAAGUCAUGCAGUUCAACUAUUUCAUUUACAAAGAUCUUGAUGUACAAAGCAGAUAUCAUUCAGCUAGAUCUUAAACGGAGAAUGAUGAGGAAAUUUAGCCCAAAUAGCAAUACAUGGUUUUGCUACCCUAAGAUCACAACUCCACCGAUCGAGUUGUCAAAAAGUGCAAUGUAUACCUUCUGUAAUGAUAACUUAUAUGUUUUUGGAGGUGACAAGUCUAAGAAAUCGUACAAGUAUAUUUGUAAGCAGAAGAUUUGGGUUGAGCUAGAGGACAUUCCAGUGACAACCAGUCUUUACAAUAGUGGUGUCUGUGUGUCCACAGUAGCCUCUGAACUCGUUGCAUGUCAUCCAAACUGUCCACAUUGUUAUUAUAGUCCAAAAGAUUCUGGUGUUACUUAUGCAGAAAGUGAACAUUCUGAUGCCAGCUAUCGGGACUCUGAUGAUGAUGUUGAUGAUGAAUAUGACUGGGAUAAUGACUAUGAUGAUGAAGAAGAAGAAGAAUAUUCCAGAAGUUCAGAUUGUGUGUUGAUGUGAAAAUAACAUAUUGGUACAUUUAGUUAUUUGUGGAUUUUUAAAUGUUAACAAUAUAGAAGGGAAAUCUGAAUCAAGUUUUCAAUCACAUGAUCACUAUUAAGUAUUUUAAACUAUUGCUGAGCUGAAAUAUACAAACCUUUGAUUAAUUAAAUGUGCAUGUGAAUAAAGAAAUGAUGGAUAAACUUGCAAAUCAAA